GACACGGGGAAUUCAGAACGAGAAACAAGAUUUCACGACUGGCUGCCUUUUUUUCUGUUUCCCCUUCAGGGUCUCGGCUCCCGUGCUGAGAUGACCCCUCCGCACCCCUCGCGCCCGCACCGCCAUGGACGCCCCCUCUAACUCUGCCUCCUCCUCCUCCUCCUCCUCCUGCUCCGCUGCUGCCCCCCCGGCCGACGGGCAGGAUGACAGGGCCGCGCCUCGGCCCGCUCAGGACUCUCCUGCCUCUCCAGCCACCAAAGAACCCCCCCUCUCGGACCCUUCCUCCUCCUCCUCCUCCUCCUCUGAUGCCCCCUCUCCCAACGACACCAUGAGGCCCUGCUCCGGUUCCCAAGCAGCACUCGGCUCCACGAAGCUCCCGGCCGCCAUCUUGCCCGGGCCUCUCCUCCAAGCCGACUGCGGCCUCGCGACGCCAAACCCACCGCCUUCCCCGCAAGCAGCACCACCCAGAGAAGAUGGGAAGAAGCAAGAAGCAGAAGGCGGCGGAGAGGGGGAAGAGGACGGCGGGCGCAAGGCCCCGCUCUUCUUCUCCGCCGAGGGCUCGGCCUAUCUCCUCAGCGGCGGCCACGUUCUCUUACCAAAGGGCUCCCUAAGCACCACAUCUCCCCAGGUGUCCGUCCUCCACGUCCAGCGCGGUGGAGGCCCAAACCAAGGCUUUACGUCUACUGACCAAAUGUCCCAGAAUACCUCAGCGCCAGGCGAGUGGACCCCUCACGGCGCCUUCUACAGUUUCCGACUGGCCAGGGCCCCCCCUCGAACCAUGUCUGCCAAAAACUCUCCCACCAAACCCAAAGAUGCCCCUGCCGCCGCCCUGGCGGAGGACGAGGAGAACCUCAAAGGGGAAGCCGGCCCUGGCCGAGAAGGGGAGCUGCCGUCUCCACCCAUCUGGCUUUGCCUGAUCUGCCGCCUCUCCUUCUGCCGGGGACGCUCCUUGGCGGCUCACGCCCGUGUAGCCCAUGGGGCACAGCUGAGCCCCGACGAAUGCCAGGCCCUGUCUGGAGGGGCUUCUGCCAUGUUCCAAGGCACCACGCUUGGCUUCCUCGAACCAAAUAAGCCCACCACCAAGGCAGACCUCAAUGUCCGAAUGUGUAGCAGAUGGGUGAAUGUAACGGAGGAGGAGGAGGAGGAGGAAGAGAAACAGAAAAAGAAAAAGAAGAAGGGGAGCCCAGGAAAACCAUGCGAGCCACCAGAUGCCAAAGAGUUAAGGGUCGGCGGCGAGCACUGGGCAAAGGGAGGCGCGGAGGAGAAACCAGAAGAAGAAAAGGAGGAGGAAGAGGAGGAGGAGGAGGCGGCAGCAGCAGCGGCGGCCGAAAAUCAGAAAGAGGAAGGGAGGCUUCUCCCAGACCAAAGCUCACACGGCCAAAGCCCACCCACGGGUGCCAGCACCCCCCUCUCAGAGACACCGCUGAAGAAGCCCAACGGCAACGACGCUGCAGCUAACGUAGGGUUGCCCAAGGAAGACACCAACGCAGAGUUGGCCAAUGAAGCCUCCGGCGCAGAACUGGCCAGAGACGUCGCUUGCGCCGAGUCAGCCGGCGGGACGAACAGCUCCGGGUUGGCCACCAAAGUGAACGACAGCCCAGCCAACGCCAACCUGGAUGCCGGUAGGGUUGGGUUGACCCAUGACGUUGGCGCGGCCGACUUGACGCACGGCACCGUCGGUGUUGGGAUGGCCAACGAGAUGGUGAGCGCCACGUUUGAGGUCAACAACGGGCUGAGCGGUGGCGGCGGCGGCGGCAGCAGCAGCCACAACGGAGGGCACUCGCUUUCCUUUGGGGAAGACUUCACCGCCAUGGCCUACUCGGGGUUGACUUUGUCCGGCCACAUGUCCCUGCUGCACUCGCGCAACUCCUGCAAGACCCUCAAAUGCCCAAAGUGCAACUGGCAUUACAAGUACCAGCAGACCUUAGACGUCCACAUGAAGGAGAAGCACCCCGAGAACAACAGCCACUGCGCUUACUGCAGCUCCGGCGGGCCGCACCCUCGCCUGGCCCGGGGCGAGAGCUACAACUGCGGCUACAAGCCCUACCGCUGCGAGGCCUGCAACUACUCCACCACCACCAAGGGCAACCUCAGCAUCCACAUGCAGUCCGACAAGCACCUAGCCAACCUGCAGGGCUACCAGGCCACGGGGGGAGGCGGCGGGGCCCCCUCGGUGGCGCCCCCGGUGGCGCCGACCCCGUCGUCACCCGAGGAGAAGGAGUCAAAAGGCAAAUCCUCCUGGCAGUGCAAAGUGUGCAGCUACGAAACCAACAUCUCCCGCAACUUGCGCAUCCACAUGACCUCCGAGAAGCACAUGCAGAACAUGCUCCUGCUCCACCAAGGGCUGCCCCUGGCGCUGCCCGGGCUCCUGGGGCAGGCCCAAGCCGCGCCAGGGGGCAAGGGGCAGCCGGAGCUCUUCCAGUUCUAUGGGGCUCAGGCCCUGGGCCACUCGCACCAUGCACACCCCCACCACGCUCACACCGCGGGCAGCUCGGCCCUGCGGGGGGACAAGACCAUGGAGCAAAGCCAGCUCUUGCUCAACGGAGGUUUCCCACACCUCAACGCUGCCGCCGGCAGGAAGAUGGCUGCCUUGGGCUCAGGCAGUCAUUCUGCCGCCCUUCUCCCCACAGCUCCUGCAUCUCUGUCUCCGGAGCCCGCCCCACCUUCCCCGCUGCCGCCCCACUCUGCACCAGACCUGGGGGCUCCCCAGAGGCUGUUCGGAUGCCUGGUGUGCCAAGCCUUCAACACAGACAGCCUGGAGGCACUCCUGAGGCACGCGUCGGCCCCCCGCUCACUGCCCGAGGCCGAGUGGAAGGAGGUGUCGGGCGACUUGCACCGCUGCAGGCUCUGCGCCUACGGCACCCAGCUGAAGGCCAACUUCCAGCUGCACCUCAAGACCGACAAGCACGCCCUCAAGUACCAGCUGGCAGCCCACCUGCGCGAAGGGGGCAGCCUCGGGGCCCACAUGGGGGCGGAGCUUCCGCUCGGCCCGCCCCUCCACCUGCACUGCAAUCUCUGCGAAUACGAGACCAACAGCAAGGAGAAGAUGAGGCUGCACGUGGCGGGGGCCGGCCACCAGGAGGCGCUGCAAGGCUACAAGUUCCUCCUGGAAAUGGAGUCCACAUCGGCAGUGCCACCAGGCCCCGAACCUGCCCCAUUCCGCUGCCUCCUUUGCAACACGGACGCCCCGAACCGCCUGGCCAUGAUCCAGCACCUCCGCUCUCCCCAACACCGCGACUCCCAUGGCCAGUGGCGCCUGCAGCUCCUCCAGAACGGAGAAGGCACCCCGGGCCUCGAGAGAUACAUCUGCUUUGCUCCUGCCAACCCCGCCGGGAAAGAAACAGUGCCAGAGAACUUGCCCCCCGAAAAGGAAACGCAGAGUAAAGCCCAGGCGGCCGGUUCUGACGAGACUGAAACGAAAGCUGGAGGUGUGGGAGACACUACAGUGUUCUGCUGCCCCUACUGCAACUACACCGACCCAUCAGCCGAAGCCGUCCGGGCUCACACUGUCUCCCAGCAUGCCGUGCAGCCCAAAUUCCGAUGCCCACUCUGCCAGGAGCAGCUGGUCGGGCGCACCAACCUCCACUUCCACCUCAGCCACAUCCACAACGUGGUGCCCGAAUGUGUAGAGAAGCUGCUUCUGGUGGCCACUACUGUGGAAAUGACCUUUGCCACCAAAGUUGUCCCCGGCCUCAACCUCCCUCCUGACCCACCAAAGCCAGGCGGGACGCCCAGCUCAGAGCAAGGGGCUGGGAACGAACCUGAAAGCCCUCUUGCUGCACCACCUACAGGGGAGAAAUCCUCUCCGGCUCCUGGGCUCUGCCCUGAAACUCCGCCUCCUCCUCCUCCUCCAGCCUCCCCUGCUCCACCUGCUGACCCCCCAGAAAAGCCUCCCCCAACCUCUCCUCCUCCUCCUCCACCACCACCACCACCUCCUCCUCCUUCAGUUGCUCCUCUGGAGUUUGAAGACGAAGAUGUUCCUCAACUGAACGCCCCGUUGGAGGAGCUGCCGCCGCCACCGCCACAGGCUUCAGCCGAGGCUCCUGAGGCCUCUCCGCUCGCCCUGCCCAGCCAAGACCCCCGGCACCCGCUGUCCUACCGCAAGGCGACCAAUUUCGCCUUGGAUAAGUUCCUCGACCCGGCCCGCCCCUACAAGUGCACGGUGUGCAAGGAGUCCUUCACGCAGAAAAACAUCCUCUUGGUGCACUACAACUCCGUCUCCCACCUGCACAAGAUGAAGAAGGCCUCGGCCGACCCCUCCGCGCCGUCCCGGGGCGAGCCCGGCGCCGCCGGCGUUCCCCAGCCCUCCUCAGACAAGCCCUACAAGUGCACCACCUGCCGGGUCUCCUACAACCAGAGCUCCACUCUGGAGAUCCACAUGCGCUCCGUUCUGCACCAGACCCGCUCCCGCGUCGCCAAGAUGGAAGCCGCCGGCAAAGCAGAGCUGCCGGCCGCCGAGCCGGAGCCCCCGUGCGACGCGGCGCUGGAAGCGGAAGCCCCCAAGCUCCUGGAGGCGAGCUGCGUGCAGGUGCCCACGCUCCCGUUCCUGGCGCCGUCCGCGGCGGAGCUGCAGCGCUUCCCUGCGCCCUUGUUCACUCCACCGCUGCUGCCGCCCUUCCCGCUGGUGCCAGAGUCGCUCCUGAAACUGCAGCAGCAGCAACAGCAGCUGCUGCUCCCCUUCUACCUGCACGACCUCAAGGUGGCCCCCAAGCUGGCUUUGGCCACCCCGGCACUGACCCUCCCAGCCACGCCGCCCGUGCUGCUGCCUCCUAUGCCAGCCAAGGAAGAGCAGGCGCCAGCAGCCACUGCCGGCUCCAAACCAGAGGCGCCAGAAGAGGCCGAAGCCGAGGAGGCCGAGGGGGGCCAACAAGGGAGCGAGGCAUCCCGCACGGCUGCCAAAGCCCUCCUGGAGAACUUUGGGUUUGAGCUGGUGAUCCAGUACAACGAGGGGAAGCAGCCUGCCACCCCCGCCCCGGCCGCACCUCCGCGCCCGCCGGCGGGCAAGCUCUUGUGUGGCGCAUGUGGGAAGCAGUUCUCCAACAUGCUCAUCCUGAAGACGCACGAGGAGCAUGUGCACCGGCGGUUCCUGCCCUUCGAGGCACUCAACCGCUACGCCGCCCAGUUCCGGAAGAGCUACGACAGCAUGUAUCCCCCUCCGCCGCCAGCACUGCCCAUCGAGACAGCCACUGCCACAACGACUGCCCCAACCACUGCUGCCGCCACUGCCACGGACACCGCCACAGUGACCGUGCCAGCCGCCAUGCCUCUGGAGAUCCCCCCGCUCUGCCCUCCGUUUAUAAUGCAGCCCAUGCCAGUGGUGGUGCCGCCGCUAGAGAGCGAGACUCCUCACGUGCCUCCCGAGCGCUUGAAAUCCUUGUGGUUCCGGGGGGAGGAUGAGGAAGGCGGCGGCGGGCCCGGGGUUCCCGAGCCUCUUCGCGGGGGCUUCCCGUCCACCCGGCGCUUCUCCCGCACCAAGUUCACAGAGUUCCAGUCUCAAGCCCUACAGUCUUUCUUCGAGUGCAGCGCCUACCCCAAAGACGGCGAGGUGGAGCGGCUGUCUGCAAUGCUGGGGUUGCCCAACAGAGUCAUCGUGGUUUGGUUCCAAAACGCCCGCCAGAAAGCGCGGAAAUGCGGCGGGAGCGAGGCCAGCGUGGGUGGCGGAGGGGCCGCAGUGCAGCCCUCCUGCAAGAAAUGCCGGGCGUCCUUCCGCUGCAUCUUUGAGCUCAUGCGCCACCUUAAAAAGUGCUACAACGACCAGCCGGUGGAUGUGGAGGGAGAUGGUGCUGAAGAGGAGAACGAGGGCCCCGAGGAAGAGGAGCAGGAGGAGGAGGAAGAAGAAGAGCAGCAGCCGCAGCAACAGCAGCCGCCGGAGCCUUCAGGGGCUGAUGGGGAAGCUAAGGUUGACGCCGCUGGAGACAAACCUCAGGAGGAGGAGCAACCCACAGCCCCUCCCGAAAACGCAAGCACCCAUCCCUGUGACCACUGCACAGCCAAGUUCUCAAGCGUCGACCUCCUCAAUAUCCACCGUGUUUCUCACAUGCCAGCAACCGGCCCUCCGCCAGCCCCGCUUGCCCCCCAGCCUCCCCUGGAUUUGGCCCCGCUGGUGUUUGGCGACCGCGCCGUCCACCCAGACCCUUCCCGGGCGCAGAAGCGGAAACACGAAGACGGGAGCUUGUCGCCCACCGGCAGCGAGUGCGCCAGCGUGGCGGGAGGGGACGGCGAGCCCCCCCGGGACAAGCGCCUGCGCACCACCAUUUUGCCGGAGCAGCUGGAGAUCCUGUACCGCUGGUACAUGCAGGACUCCAACCCGACCCGCAAGAUGCUUGACUGCAUCUCCGAAGAGGUUGGGCUCAAGAAGAGGGUGGUUCAAGUGUGGUUCCAGAACACGAGAGCCCGCGAGAGGAAGGGUCAGUUUCGGUGCAACGCCGGCACGGCCAACGCAACCGGCAAGCCCUCGCAGGUGCUCCCCUCCGCCUUCCCAAAGUUCAGCCCUCUGCCGCGAGACCAGACCAUCCACUACGGAGCGGGUUUCGCACCCAGCCUCCCUGCGGUGAGCUUACAGCUACCUCCAGCGAAGCCAGAGAUUCCUGCGGAGCCACAAGCGCAGGAAGAAGCAGCCGAAGAAGAAUUGCCAAAAGAGAACGAAGACCGGAGCCUGUCGGGAGGGGAGAUGAGCGACUCGUCUUCCUCCUCCUCGUCGUCGCUGGCCGAUCUGGAUUUCUCCGGCAGCCGGCGGAGCCGAGGGGCGGACAGCAGCUUUGGAGGCAUGCACGACGCUUUGGGCCAGCGCCGGUAUCGCACGCAGAUGUCCAGCCUGCAGCUGAAGAUCAUGAAGGUUUGCUACGAGGCCUACCGGACACCCACCAUGCAAGAAUGCGAGGUGCUGGGCGAGGAAAUAGGGCUGCCCAAGCGGGUGAUCCAGGUGUGGUUCCAGAAUGCCAGGGCCAAAGAGAAGAAGGCCAAGGCUGCCAGCGGUGGCGAGGAGGGGCACCCCAGCACUCCAUCGCAGGCAGAGUGCCCCUACUGCGAAGUCAAGUACGAUUUCUACGUGUCCUGCCGUGGGCACCUCUUCUCCCGCGGGCACCUUGCCCGACUCAAGGAGGCCAUUAAGGCCCAGCUCAAGAGCGAGAGCAAGUGCUAUGAGCUCGUGCCGGACAAAGGGACACCAUCUCCGACAAGGCUGGGUGCCUCCAUGCCUCCCGCCACCGUGCCAUCUUCCCUUGGAAGCAUGGCUCCCUUUGCGCCAGGCCCUUCCUCUUCCUCCUCCGGGGCCCUGAGCACCCCUUUGGCCUCCACGCAGCCGGGGCCCCCCUUACCUCAGCACCUCACCCCGGAACCGGCCCAGCUUGGCCCCUCCACAGAGCCGGCACCUGCUCCAGAGACUUCCCCGGGCGACGGCCAGGCAGACCCCGCCUCCAGCUCAGCCCAGGAACCCUCCGUGCCCUCCACUGCCGCGGUGAAGAACCUCAAGACGUUGAAGGCCGCCGUGCCGGCCUUGCUGGGAGGCCAGUUCCUGCCCUUCCCGUUGCCGGCGGCAGCGACGGCGGCAGCCCCCUCGCUCUUUGGCGCGCAGCUGCCCGGCGCCUACUUCCAGCAGCUCUACGGCAUGAAGAAGGGGCUGUUCCCCAUGAACCCCGUCAUACCUCAGACGCUUAUGGGGCUGCUGCCCAGCCCCCUGCUCCCGACGCCCAUGCCCGAGCCGCCCGUCGAGGUGCCCGAGGCCCCCGGCAUCUCCACGGUUGACGUGACUCACCAGUACCUCUGCCGCCAGUGCAAGGCGGCCUUCGAGAGCGAGGGGGCCGCCGCCGCCCACCAGGCCACUUUCUGCUACUUUGGGCGCCAGCCCCCCGCGGCCCCGCCCCCGCUGCGGGUGCCCGUGUGCACCUACCACUGCCUGGCCUGCGAGGUGCUUGUGAGCGGGCGCGAGGCCCUGGGGGCCCACCUUCGCUCCAGCGCUCACCGGCGCAAGGCCAGAUCCAACGCAGCAACCGCAUCGGUGUUUGCCAAAGAGGAAUCCAAAUUACCUCACUCGGACUCCAGCCCAAAAAGUAACGCUACCUCUACGACACUACUAGCUUUAUAGAGACGGAUGCUACACUGCCACCGACUGAGAGAGAAGGACUAAGCAACCAACCAACCACCCAACUAACCAACCAGCCGGCGGAGGGAAGGGCGCCCGCUUGGCGUGCCCUGCGCCCUCUGCCCAUACCAAACGCCCAUCACGCAGCCCCCGCCACCAGUAAACUCAAGAAACCGUCCCCGGCCAAAGUGACACCCAGUUGCCUGAAGGCCACACUCUUCCCAGACUCCUGGGUAGCCAUGUGGGCAAAGCUGGACCCAGAUGUCCAGCCUUCCCACACCACUCCCCCCCCCACACCACCGCCAUCUUGAGGGAAGACCAGUUGACCUGGUGCGGAACAGGAAUGCAGCCUGCCGUCUGAGGAGCCCCCUCCCAACAGUGCCCACCUCAGAAAUGCCUUGCGCUCUGCAUGGAGUGCAGACGUUGUCCUCCUCCGCCACCCACCCAGCCCCUUGCCCUCACGGCCCUGUGCAUCGGCUGACGCCAGUUCC